AUGAACAAUAGAAAAGGCAGUGUGGGCAUGAAGGUAGGUCAUCAUCACGUGACACUAGUAUAUGGCAUAUCCCAGGCUGUGGACAAUAGAAAAGGCAGAGUGGCCAUGAAGGUAGGUCAUCAUCACAUGAUGCCAGUAUAUGGCAUGUCCCAGGCUGUGGACAAUGCCGCUGUUGAAAUUAAAGAUAUUCAAGAGGAAUGUCGUUGUGGAGAUAUAUUUGAACAGUCUGCCCAGAUGAAUGAGACUGAAGAAUUUCCAAAGGCAAUCAACAUUCCGUCUCGCUUCCAUAGCUCUGUGGUUCCUUUACCGCUCUUGAAAUCUAAAAGGCUUACAGUUCAAGACAGUGACAGUGAAGACGAUGUGGCAGUGUCGCUAAAGAAAAGCAUCUGUGCCCCAGGAAACUCUAGAGCUCAGGUUUCGGAAUUGAAACCCUUUGCAGACCUGACCGAAAGAGAAAUGCAGAAGAAAACGGAUGCCGAAAGACAACGCAAUAAAAGACGGCUGAGAGAAAAGCAGAGACAGAGUCAGAAGACUGAUCUUGGGGAAAUGGGAAUGUCUCAGCGCCCAAAAGCAGACACACGAGAGACCAAUAACAAAAGCACCAAGAAAGAUGAGGCGAGCAGAAGGAAGAAGAAUAGGAAAGACAAAGAGCUUGCUGCAUGGAAAAGAGCUCAGGCUCAGAUAGAGUCUCUUUUGGAUUCACAACCAGGAACUGUCGACGCACGUUUCAGGAAUAUGAAAGCACCCCAGGCUUUUCCUUGGAAAUCAACUCGGGUCCAAGACUUAAGUCAUCGAGUGCCUCAAAUGGAAUUUAAUUCCUAUGGAGUCCCCCCUGUGACAGCAUACCCCACACGCAAUGGAGAAUGGCCCUGGAUGAACCCUCCUCAGGCUGCUUUUAGAGGACCUUUGCCUUAUCCAUGGCAAACAGGUCCGUUACCAAACACAAGGCACAAUGCAGAAUUUAUGAGAUGCGUCCAGAACCCUUUCCAGUCACUGUAUAAUCAUCCAGUGCCUUAUUCCCAGGAUCAAUCCUUCAUUUUCUCUCAGUAUUCUGACCUACCUGGUUCAAUGCAAGAUGACGGUGAUGAGGCACGUGGCAGUGAAUCAAAAUCGACAGAGUCUAAUUCCCCGCAAAGCAAUCAAGGAACACAAACCCAGACUUUGUCAAUGAAUACUGAAACCACCUACCACCCAGGGCUCCCAGUUCUGAGCCCUGGUUCUGGACACUACCUGCAACUCCUGAUGUCAUUAACUUCUCAGCCCACAGAUCUUGCUGCCAUACAGGUUGGAAGCAGGGGAGAAGUCUUGAAUAAAAACGGCAGUCAAACCUCCCCUACUGGGCAGUUCAGUGAGGGACAUGAGCAAUCAAGAGAACGCAGUAAAAAAACAUAGUAAGAGUAUGGCUUCCACAGACGAAGCACAGAUAUCAGAGGCAAAUCUUUAUAGCAUCGUACAACAGUAAUAGUUCAGGUGUUCGACAUUUCAACAAUUUUCUGUUAGUUUCAGGCAGAUUUUGGAAUCUAUAUUCAUUGGUUUUACUGAAAACAUCUGAUGUAAUCGAAGCAAUUAUUUUCUCAAAGUAAUAUUUUUUAAUCAAAUUAUUUUUUUUUAAUAGAUUAUAUUUUAUGGAAUGCAUGCCUUUGAUUAAGAGCAGUGGCAACGUUUAAAAAACUAAUGUUGAUUAGUUAAUGUAUAUCUUGU